AUGAAAGGGGUUUCGCCAACAAGUACAAUCGUGUGCCAGGUAGAAUAUCUCUUGCUUUUCAAUUUUCCAGAAGCUGCCGAUUGCAGAAGGACAUUUGGAAGACAUGUGUGGUGUGCGGGGAGCUCAACAAGAAAAUCUCGAUGCGAUGUCUGAGCAACGCUUCGCAACUCCACGUCAUAGUCGCCUACCUCAAGUUUUCAGAAGGGCUUGACGAAAAGAAAGACUUCUCGAGCUAUGACGACAAAAAAGCCUACGAAUGCUUCGUUUGCUCCAGUCAUGUUGACGUGCCGGUGAACUAAAAUGAGAGGGAAAGGGAACGAUAUCGAAUAGUUUUCAGGUGAGAGCCCUGCGCAACAUAUACGCAUUCCCGCCGCAAGUACCAGUGGUCAAUGGGAAGUGCGAUCCUCAGGGAUUGCUCCGCGUGCUCAAGAAGUUUAUGCCUCCUCGGUACUCGAACAUGUCGAUUGACGAACUUUCUGCGCUGCUUCCGGGCUCGAAAGCUCCCGAAACGAAAGAAGUCCGGAAAGCUGACUGCACGUGCUGUUCUAUUCUCGACGACACGCGUCGCCGCCUCAAUAAAGUCAUCGAGAACGCCGAGUACACGGCUACUUCCGUCCGACUUAACUUUGCUGUUUACGAAGAACUGGUCGACGUGGCAAAGCAUCUUGACUAUGAAAUGGUUGGUUUCCCUAAACCGACCAGCUUAUUGUCCAAUUUCAGCAAACAGAUUUCGUCGUGAAAGACAAACCAGCUGUUGAUUCCGAGUCGGCGAGACUUGCUCAGGAAAACAUCUUGUUGAAAUUCGAACAAAGACGGCAACAGAUGGAAUAUCCAGAGCCGGUCACUUUGGGUCCUUUCCCCGAACGCCCCGAACGCCCCGAACGCCCCGAUCGCCCCGAUUUCAACCUCAAUCUCCAAUCAAUCGCUCGUCGCCCCAUCGGAAUUCUGCCGAGCCAUCCGGGAGUUCAGCGUCCCGUCACGGCACUGGAAGUCAUUCUGAACCCUCUGACGGCUCAAUGGGAUGACGGCGACACUCCGAAGCAAUCUACUCAGAUCUGUGUCAACCGUAUUGCUGAACCGGCGCGUUUUCCGGUGAAAAGAGUUGAUGUUAGAUUAUUCAAAUAACCGAGUGAACAAUCUUCUUUUCAGAAACGAAAGCUUCCGCUGGCCUCAAUUGCUCAGUUGUCGAACAAACAAGGUCUUGGUUCUUCGAGGAAACCCAUGUGAGAUCCUUCAUUCAUUCCUCGCCCAUAACAAGUUUCAGGAUUUCUCCUCGGGCCCAAAAUCAAAACUUCUCACUUCCAUACUCGCAGCAAUCCCGUCUGCUCGAAGAGGUCCACGAGGGCGCUAAGCUGUUGCUGAACUCGAAACUCAUUGUGUUCUCAACCGACGACGUCCGUCAAUUGCUCGUCGGAAGAGGAAGACUUCUCAUCAGCGAGACUCUUCUGCAACUCGAGUCCCGCGGCCUCAUCCAUUCGCAUCCGUUUUGCUCGCCUACACACGAUUAUCCGUUCUUCAUUUACCUGAAAGAGUUUCGCAAACAUCAACUCAAUGAACUCUGGAGCUACAGUAUAAUUCCCGAGCACUAUCGGCAACGUCUGAUCGGCUCUUCUGCAUCUGAGACUGUUCGUGAGCAAUUUGAGAAGCACAAAAGUGUUCUCCUUGAGAUGGACAAGGACCCGCAGCUAGUCGGACUUAUCGGCAUGAUUCUUUCGGCCAGUGCCAAUUCAGAUCUCGAAUUCGAGUUCAGCAAAUUCAAAUCGAAGACUUUGAAGGAGGUAGAGUGUUAGGGAAUGAGUAUCUGAAUAAUUCUCAGUAAGCGUUCAGACAGUCACCAUCAAGACUCGCACUCCGAAACUGAAGCUGCCGGAGAGUGAUCCGAGUAUUGAAGAGAUUCUGUAG